AUGGAUACAAAAAACGAUGUUCACGGUGAUGAGAUCGAACUGAGCGUGCAAGGAACCACCAAACCUAGCAAAAAGACAAAAUCAGACCUGCCUGAAAGAGGAUCUUGGGGCAGUAAACUGGACUUCAUCCUCUCUGUCAUCGGCUUGGCUAUUGGACUGGGCAACGUCUGGCGGUUUCCCUAUCUUUGCUACAAAAAUGGCGGCGGAGCUUUCCUCAUACCGUACUUCCUCACGCUAUUCCUUGCUGGGAUUCCAAUGUUCUUCAUGGAGCUGGCAAUGGGACAGAUGCUGACCAUUGGUGGUUUAGGAGUAUUCAAAAUUGCGCCUAUAUUUAAAGGUAUCGGCUACGCUGCUGCAGUGAUGUCGUGCUGGAUGAAUGUCUACUACAUCGUCAUCCUCGCUUGGGCGAUCUUCUAUUUCUUCAUGUCUAUGAAAGCAGACGUGCCAUGGCGGACAUGCGACAACUACUGGAACACGCCCACUUGCGUCAAUCCCUACGACCGCAAGAACCUCACCUGCUGGUCUACAUUCGACAUGACGACACUUUGCACUCUCAACGGGAAGAACAUCAGCAAGGCUGUGCUAUCUGAUCCAGUUAAAGAAUUCUGGGAACGUCGAGCUCUUCAAAUCUCAAGUGGUAUAGAAAACAUAGGCAACAUACGCUGGGAACUCGCUGGGACCUUACUCCUCGUUUGGGUCCUCUGUUACUUCUGCAUCUGGAAGGGCGUGCGUUGGACCGGCAAAGUUGUGUACUUCACCGCCCUAUUUCCCUACUUUUUACUGACUGUUCUUUUGAUAAGAGGUAUAACGUUACCCGGUGCAAUGGAAGGCAUCAAGUUCUACAUCAUGCCAAACAUGUCGAAACUGCUUGAAUCCGAGGUCUGGAUAGAUGCUGUCACACAGAUCUUCUUUUCCUACGGUCUUGGCUUGGGGACCUUAGUCGCUCUGGGCAGCUACAAUAAGUUCACCAACAACGUUUAUAAAGACGCUUUGAUAGUCUGCACGGUAAAUUCCAGCACAUCGAUGUUCGCCGGUUUCGUAAUAUUUUCGGUGGUAGGGUUCAUGGCACACGAGCAACAGCGACCCGUUGACGAAGUAGCAGCAUCAGGGCCUGGGUUAGCUUUCUUGGCUUACCCAUCUGCAGUGCUUCAACUUCCAGGCGCACCGUUAUGGUCAUGCCUCUUUUUCUUCAUGUUACUCCUGAUCGGUUUAGACAGUCAGUUCUGUACGAUGGAGGGCUUUAUCACCGCUGUUAUUGAUGAGUGGCCUAAACUUCUGAGAAGAAGGAAGGAAAUCUUCAUCGCUAUCACCUGUGUGAUUUCAUAUUUGGUUGGACUGUCUUGUAUAUCUGAGGGUGGCAUGUACGUUUUCCAAAUUCUCGACUCGUACGCCGUGUCCGGUUUCUGUCUUUUGUUCCUGAUCUUCUUCGAGUGCGUCUCCAUCUCUUGGGCGUUCGGUGUAAACCGUUUCUACGACGGCAUUAAGGAAAUGAUCGGUUACUACCCCACCAUCUGGUGGAAAUUCUGUUGGGUUGGCUUCACUCCUGCCAUUUGUAUUAGCGUGUUUAUCUUCAACUUGGUACAAUGGACCCCUAUCAAGUACAUGAACUACGAGUACCCAUGGUGGUCGCACGCCUUCGGAUGGUUCACGGCGCUUUCUUCCAUGUUGUGCAUACCUGGUUACAUGGUCUAUCUGUGGUAUGUUACACCUGGAACCAGAAUGGAGAAAUUCCAUACAAUCGUACGGAUCCCAGAAGACGUGCCAACUCUUCGAACAAAAAUGCAAGCCGAAGAACUUGCGAAGCACACGAAGGCCUAA